AGCGGAGCAUCGCUGCCGGGGAGAGGAGUUUGUCUGCUCCGGGCUCAAACACAUGGAUAUUUCUUCUGCCUGACUUUGUUUUUAAAACUGCGGGAGCAACAUGUUCGGUUCAGACCCGUGGACCCAGGAGAAGCGGACUCUGUAGAGAAAUGUCCAACAGCGAGAAAAACAAAAAGAUUUUACUGGAGCUGGUGAAGCUGCCGGAGAACAGCCGCUGCGCAGACUGCGGAGCGCCGGAACCAGACUGGGCGUCCUACAAGAUCGGAGUGUUCGUGUGCCUGAACUGCUCUGGGAUCCACCGCAGCCUCUCCAGCCGGGUCAAAUCCAUCCGCUUAGACUUCUGGGAGGAUGACCUUGUGGAGUUCAUGAAAUCUGCUGGCAAUUGCAAAGCCCGAUCUGUGUAUGAGAAAGAUGUCCCCCCAUUCUACUAUCGACCCAAAGAAACUGACUGCAGCGCCCUSAGAGAGCAGUGGAUUCGAGCGAAAUAUCAGAGGAUGGAAUUCACAGGAGGAACCAAGUAUCCCCCUUUGGCGUACACCACAGGUAUGUUUGAAGGAAUGCUGUUGAAGAAAGGACGGGAUAACAAGACGUAUCAGAACAGGAAGUUUGUGCUGUCAGAGAGAGAGUUCACUCUGACCUACUACAACAAGGAAGAUGAAUCCAAAGGACCUAAAGCUGUAAUCUCCAUUAAGGACCUGAACGCUACCUUCCAGCCUCAGAAAAUCGAUCAUCCUAACGGGCUGCAGAUAACGUACCAGAAAGACGAUCACACCAGGAACCUCUUCGUUUAUCACGAGAGCUCAGAGGAAAUAGUUGCGUGGUACAACGCCAUUCGAGCUGUGCGCUAUGCAUACCUGAAGACAGCCUACCCUACUGGAAGUGAUGAAGAGCUGGUGCCAAAGAUAACAAGAAACUUCCUUAAAGAGGGAUACAUGGAAAAGACAGGGCCACUGCAAAAAGAGCCUUUYAAAAGGAGGUGGUUCAGUUUGGACUCACAAAACAGGAAGUUGUUCUACUUCAAAAACCAACUGGACGCAGAGGAGUUAGGGGUUGUUUUCAUCGGCACAGAAAGCAACGGUUACUCCGUCAAGACGUGUGCCCCAAAGAACACUCGGGGGAACAAGUGGAAGUUUGGCAUCAAGAUGGAAACACCUGAACGCCUGUUCGUGCUCAUGUGUGAGCAGGAGAGGGAGCAGAAAGAGUGGAUAGAAGCCUUGAAGAAGGUGCUGGCCAGGCCCAUGUCACCUCAGGAUAUCACCGCUGAGGCAAAUCUAAAGUUUAAAAGAUGAACUACUGCAGAAGUGGAACAACUGGACGAGAUAAUUAAAGCAGUUAUGCAAACGACUGGACCUUGCCGACACAAUAACUGAGUGAUAACCAUCACUGCAUAUUCUCAACUGCUAAUCUGACAUUUCCUAAUUCCUAAUUUUGAUUGUUUUAAAACAUUUUUUUAAUUGAUAAAAAGCWUAAUUGUUCAUGACAUGAUUCUUGGUAAAAUAAACAACUUUUUUCUAAA